GGGGAGCCUCUGUCACAGAGAGGGAGCCGCGCGCGGAGACAAAGCCGCCAGGUCCCCAACAGCUGCCUUCUGCUGCGGCCCGCGGGCGACCCGCGAAGCCCCUCCAUCUUCGGAAAGCACUAGCCGUGCAUUGACACGCCAGGAAGUGAUGAGGGACCCUGUGAGCAGCCAGUACAACUCCUUUCUUUUCUGGAGGAUGCCCAUCCCAGAACUGGAUCUCUCGGAGCUGGAAGGCCUGGGCCUGUCCGAUACGUCCACCUACAAGAUCAAGGAGAGCAGUGUUGGCAACAUGAGUGGGCAAGAAACCGGAGCAGGGCAGGAGAAGGGUGCUGAAGGUGGCAUCCUCCUGGAGUACAGUACCUUUAACUUCUGGAGAGCUCCCAUUGCCAGCAUCCACUCCUUUGAAUCGGACUUGCUCUGAGGCCAAGACUUCGCCCCACCACCUUGCCCUGUCUUCCCUUUCAAGCCCCUUCUCUUCUGUCCCCUCCCUGUUUUAAUCUUUCCCUCUUUCGAUUGUGUGGGUGGUGCUGAUCAAUCUGCCAGUUGUAUGCAUUUCAUGUAUUUAUUUAUUUAUGUAUUUAUUUAUUGAAUUGCUUUCAAAAGCCCUCAAGCCACAAAGUUAAAAGGGUUCAAGCAAUGGAGUAUUGGAGUAUAGGAAUUGUUCAUCUCCUGUUCCAAGAGAUUAACUAACCCCAGAACAUGGUUCUUUUUUUGGGGGGGGAUGGGGGACACCAAAAAGUAGUACAGUAGUGCAGAAUGGAAGAUUGAUUUAUUGUUUAAAUUCCACCUUAAACAGCUUCAGUGGUUAUUUCAACCUUCUGAAUUUCCUGCUCCAGGCCAGUGAGCAAAUAUUUCUUCCAGAAUUGGUGAAAACCUGGAUGUUUGAGAUGACUUGCUACAAAACAGGAUUUCUAAAAGGCUAAGUUCAUGGUCUACUCCUUCUUGUCAAAUGUUCUUUUCCCCAGCACAUGGGAGUAGUUAAAGAGGGGAAACAGCACAUCAUGGAGAAUGAAGAUAGGGGAGAGCUUGGAGUCAUUUCAGGAAGAAUCCAGCUCUUUCUCGAGUGUUCCUUUAGCCCACUGCUCACUUUGCUUCCAAUUGUGGGUUGGAAAAUCAGACUUCAAAUUUGAAGAAAUUUGUGCUAUUAGGAUAAUUUCUAAAAUUUUGAUUUUGUCAUAUAGCACCCAGAGGGUUUGGUCUUUAAUAUUUUUGUCCUGCCUUCCUGCAUUUACAAGAUAUAGAUCAGUGGGACAUGGGCAAUGUUCAGCUACCUAAAAACCAUGACAUGUGCAAUUAUAUUCAGCCCCUCUCUGUCCCCACCCGUUCCAAAAUUAUUGCCACUGAUUUGCGCUGUCAUUUACUCAUUUGUUUAAUAAAGAUGUUAAAUCCCAA